UUUAAGGAAGUGAUACCCGUGGCUAUACCAUGGCCUUGGCUAUACUGCUGCUAUAGCGUACACCGCACGGUACCCGGCGGCCGGCCCUCAAAACAAAAGGAAGUGGUUCUCAAAUUUUCCGUCAGCCCUUAUCGUACGUGCCCUGUUACCGCGGGGUAUACUAAGUAAUAAGUAUUAUAUUCAUGUGUAAGGGCGUUUCCUCAACUUUCCAGACGGUAUUUUUGAUACUUGUGCAAUACUUCUGGAGCUAAGUAAUUAAUUUCAGUAUCGAAAUAAAGCUUUUUGUGCCCAUUUAUGAUCUUUAAAUUUUCCAACUACUUUUAAUAAUUAAUUUUCAAACUACUUAUAUUAAUUAUCAAACUACUUUUUCUCAUAAUAAUUAUAGUAUGAAAAGCAAAUAGCAAACCGCGCAGUGGCGCGCCCGUGCGGUGCGUAAUACCCACUGCGCAGGGCACAGGGCAUUCUGUUAAGUACUCGUACUCAUUUGUUCUUGCCACAGACAGGAUUCGAAAAUAAUUAUAGAAAAUCGGAUGCGAAAAUCGAAAUGGAUGGAUUCGAAAUUAGCCUCGAACUUUCGCUUAAAUCCGUUUUCUCGAAAAGGCGAUAGAAAAUUUCGAUCAACUUCGAAAUUCUGAAGUUUGUCUACACUGCUCAUUCAGCCUCAUCUAUUCCACGGAACCAUCAUGUCCAUCCAGGAGAAGAUCAUUAAUCAAAAUCCCGUCUCGUUUCUCUACGAAUUCACCACAAAAAACAAGUAUCCCGCUCCAGUUUUUACAGACGAAGGAGCAUGCGGGGAGUUCCGCAACUUUCAGUGCACGGUGCGCCUGGAGAAGCCACCGAUUGUUGCCUGUGGUUCAGCAAGAACCAAAGUGCUUGCCAAACGAGAAGCGGCUCGCAAGGCUGUCGAGCAAAUCUGCCCGAGUUUCAGUGGAGAAAGCGAGCCACAACCAGCUAUCGGGAACGGGAAUUCUGCUGUCCUCGGGAAGCGAAAAGAACAGGAAGAGCAACAGGAAUUUCCGAGAUUAAACACGAUUAAUCCUCAAGAGACGAUUGUUAAUCUGCUGCGUGAUGUAAAGUGGCCCGAUAGGACCUUUAGUGACCCAAUGUCCACACUGGAUGGAACUUUCAAGAUAAUUGUCCGCGCUGGUCCACCAGAAGAUAUGAAUAAAUUCUGUGGAAAAGGCGUUGCCAUGAACAUUAUGGAGGCGAAGAAGAGCGCCUGUUGUGAUUUGUACCAGGCGCUGGAGCGCGAUUACCACUUUUUGGCGCUGUGGUAUUCAAUCAAGUCGCCAUCUCACCCUGUUAACAAGAAAUUGAAAGCCAAGGUGGCGGAAAUGAUUAGCACAUCGGACAUUGGCCUGAAGGGUGAUGUUAACGAAGACUCUGCAGCCCAAACGCCGUUUGAGGACUUGAAACUACGUAUUGUGGCCAUAUUGCGCAAAAUGAAGCAAGCAAAAUCUCCCAACGAAAAUGCAGAUGUAGCGGUCAUGGAUUUCAUGCCGCUUUCGGAUCUGUUGGAAAAAGUCGCUGCCCAGUUGAUAGAACUGGAUCUGAAAGUGCACUUUAGCAGAGCAGACGAAAAGACUUUAAAUGGCGUUUCUGAUGAAGAUAGCUGUGAGGCGGUGGAAUUGCAACUUCAUUGGAAGGAAACAGGGUCAGGAGCACAGCGUGGAUAUCCUCGGGAAUUGUCGUUCGAUGGAACUGGACAAACGUGGAAAGAGGCAGCCAAUAAUGCGGCCGACAGGUGCUUCGGAUUUUUGGACGUAUCGGAAGAAGAUACCCAGGUCGUUCAGGGCUGAUUGGUUCAUUUUUAAUUUAUAUUUUUCCAAUGUUUUAUACCCGAACAAUGCUGUUGCAUUGAUAGUAGUUUUGUUGAUCUUCUUCCGAUGCUUAUAUUGUUUUUGAAAUAGCUUUAUUGCCGUGUAAAUGUGUUUAAACUGUGACUUGCGUCUUCAACGUUUGUACUCCUACUCUACUACAAUAUACUAUUUUCUGUGUUGUAAACGGAAUUCUGAAACUUUGUCCCGCUUUUCUUUCUAUGGACGGUUGCACCUGUACCAGUAAAUAUUGUUAUUGUGGUCUGAUUGUUGGUAUUAAUAGAUAAGUAGAACU